AAACAAGAAGACAGAUUAGUUAGUUGCUUUAAUCAAUUAUAAAAGUAUACUAUAAAGAAUCCAGAUUAUCACUACCUAAACUCUCCUGCAUUUACUUCCAUACAGUAAACAAACUGUUAAUCUUUCUCUUUCUCACUUUGUCUUUUUCAGUCAAAAUUCAAAGAUCAUCAUCUCAAUCCUUUAAGAUUAUAUAUACCCUUCUUCACUUCAUCUCACUUGUUCAAUCAUUCCAGUGCUCUCACAUUUCAACCCCUUCUUCUUCCUUUCUCUGCCCCUUCAACAAGGAAAUUGGUUAGUACACAUACAGAAAACACAACUUCAAAAUCUCAGAGGAAGAGUUUGAAUAUGCUGUCUAAAGAUUCCAACUUUGGGAGGCCUUUGGUGGAAGAGUACACAUUUCCUGAAAAUUCUGUUCCCUUCAACAAUUGCCAUGCUUCCACCAUUGUUGAGGUUGAUAAAGAUCAUUUUUUGGUUGCCUAUUUUGGGGGUACUAAAGAGGGGGAACCUGAUGUGAAAAUCUGGGUACAAACAUACAAGAAUGGCUGUUGGGAACCACCUGUUAUAGCUGAUGAAGAACAUGAUGUUCCAAUGUGGAAUCCUGUUCUAUUCAAACUUCCAUCAGAUGAGCUGCUGUUGUUUUAUAAAGUAGGCCAAGAGGUUCAAAAAUGGAGUGGAUGCAUGAAACGGUCAUAUGAUAAAGGUAUAAGCUGGUCAGAAAGAGAGCAACUUCCUUCUGGCAUAUUGGGACCAAUAAAAAACAAGCCAAUCUUGCUCGAAAAUGGACAAUUGCUCUGUGGAUCCUCUGUUGAAAGUUGGAAUUCUUGGGGAUCAUGGGUGGAGGUCACCGCCGAUGCAGGUAGAUCAUGGAGAAAGUAUGGCCCUAUUUACAUUCAAAAUGAAACACUCAGUGUGAUUCAACCUGUUCCUUACAUGACUUCAAGAGGGACCUUGCGUGUUUUAAUGCGAUCUUUUGAUCAUAUCGGUAGAGUGUGUUUAUCAGAAUCCCAUGAUGGCGGAUACAACUGGGGUUUCGCUCAACCAACUGAUCUCCCAAAUCCAAACUCAGGCAUUGAUGGAGUGAAGCUGAGAAAUGGCCAAUUAUUACUUGUUUACAAUACAAUCUCAAGGGGAGUUCUUAAAGUUGCUGUAUCUGAUGAUGAUGGCGACUCGUGGCACGAAGCUUUGACAUUGGAAGAGAAUCUGUUAAUGGAGUUCUCAUAUCCAGCUGUUAUUCAAGCUAGUGAUGAUUCUAUCCACAUAACAUACACAUACAAUAGGACACAAAUCAAGCAUGUUGUCCUUAAACAACCUUAAUUCAGUUGAGAAUGAACAAAAUCACAAGCCAUGUUCAUGUUCUGUCCCUAUUAUUAUUAUUAUUAUUAUUAUUAUUAUUAUUAUUAUUAUUAUUAUUAUUAUUAUUAGGGAUUCGUUUGGUAAGUCGUAUAAGAUCGUAGCAAAUAAUAAGUAGCACUAUGUUUGGAAUUUUUUUUAUAUUGUAUUAAUUAUUAUGACCAUAAAUUUUAAUACAAUGCAACUUGUAUUAUUUAAUAUAUAACAAAUGAUUCAUAUUAGCUUGUAUUAUAAUAUUUAGAAAAGGUUCGGGUUUAAGGAUGGGGGCCUAGACCUGAACCCCAGACUUGACCUAGAUCCUGACCUCAGACUAGGAACUAGCCUUGGACCAGACCGCAGACUCGUACCAGGACCCUGCCCCGGACCCCUGCCCUAGACCUAACCCUAGACUCAGUAACUAGACCCAAACCUCGGACUUGAACCUGGACCCUGGACCUCGGACUCGAAACCCUAACUCGGAUCUUGACCCUAACUCCGGACCAUAGACCCAGACCCUGACCCCGAACCUCGAUCGGGACCCCAAACCCGGAUUCGGACCCUGACUCCAAAUUCAGACCAAGACUCGGACUCAAAUCAAGACUCGGACCUCAGACCUUAGACUCGGACCCUGGACCCAAUUCAGGACUUGGACCCAAAAUCAGACCUUGUGACCUCGAACCUAGCCUCGACUUAGACUCAAGCCCGGGGCUGGUAUUAGUCUUGUAUUAUUUAAUACAACACUAAUACAAAUAAUCUUGUACUAAAUAAUAGGGAUAAUUACAUAUAACACAAAUUUUUGUAAAAUUUUUACAUUUUGACGUUC